AGAUAUUAGCGGUCAGGUUAUUCUUGAAUGAAUGAAUGAAUCCCUUUCAAUUUCCUAAAACUCUAUCUCUCUCUCUCUCUCUCUCUGACAUGUAUAGUUAUAGAGAUAUAUAUGCACAUGUUGAAGGUCGAGAAGAAGAAGAAGAAGAAGAAGAAGGUAGAUGAAGAAGUUGUUAGUGUUCACGGGGAUUUUGAAUUGGUGCUUGUUUGUACUAGUACUACUAGUCUAGUCUUUGAUUGCUUUCGAGUAACAAAUGUGUGGUUGUGAGUGAAGCUCGUGUCGCAUUGAAUGGUUGUCGAUUCGAUUCUUGCUGAUUGCACUCCUCCUCCUGAGGUCUGUCUAUAAAUUUUGACAAGUUUUAAUAGCAAACCAAGCAUUGACUUGGGUUGGGGGAUUCCAGUAGGAUUCGAUUUUCACUUCAUCAUCAUCAUCAUCAUCAUCAUCAUCAAUCAACUAGUUGGAUGCUGCAUCUCUAUCUCUAUCUCUAUCUCUAUCUCUAUCUGCUUCUGCGUUAAGAUUAUUUCCAUGGGGAUGCUGACUUGACCGGUCUUCAAUUUUAAGCUCUACUUGCACGUAAACUGCUGCAAUAAUCAUAAGAGUCAUUUCUGCUUAGCGUGGUUUGUUUGGUUUUUUUUUUUUUUUUUUUAGCCCUUUUUUUUUCACAAAUUUCUAGGAACAGGAAAAAAAAAAAAAAAAGUAUAAUCCAAUUUAGCCCUCUAGUGUUUCUGUUCAAAUUUAUCUUUUUUAUAUUGAAAAAUGGUUCUGUCCCGAAUCUCUGUUAGCAAUCAAUAUGAAUAUGCAUAUGCAUAUGCAUAUGCAGUUUAGGGUUUACAGUAGUAAGUGACCAAUGAACAUUUUAUAAUGAUGAGUGGGAUGAAGUGGGAUCUUUGUGGAUGGGUAGCCCCGAUAAUUAUAAUCAUAAUCAUAAGCCGUCUGAGAUAGUUGACAUUGUCAAAUCAUGGAUCCCAAGGAGGAAGGAAGCUGCAAAUAUGUCUAAGGAUUUUUGGAUGCCCGAUCGCAGCUGUAGGGUAUGCUACGACUGUGACUCCCAGUUUACCCUAUUCAACCGCAGACACCAUUGCCGCCUCUGUGGACGUGUUUUCUGUGCCAAGUGCACUGCUAAUUCAGUUCCUGCUCCUCCUGAUGAGCACAACAUCCUCCUCCGCCGCCGCGAAGAUUGGGAGAGGAUUAGGGUCUGUAAUUAUUGCCUUAAGCAAUGGGAACAGAGCACAGCUGUCGUUGACACUGGCAAAAUUGCAUUAAGCCCAAGCCCGGGCCUCAGUCCGUCCCCAUCAGCCACAAGUUUGAUUAGCAGCCAAUCUAACUGCAGCGGUAACAGCAACAGCAGUGUUGCUUCAACACAGUACUCAACUGGUCCGUACCAUCAGGUACCAUAUACUACUGCCCAGAGUCCUCGUAAAUCUCUUCAAAUGGAUCCUUUUAGAGUUCAGCAAGAUCAGCUAACAUGUCAGAGGAGCUCAAAUACCAUUGCAGAUGCAGGGGAUUCAUUUCCUAACCAAUUUGAUUUUUGCGUGAACAGAAGUGAUGAUGAGGAUGAUGGAUAUGGCAUCUGUGGAAUAGAGUCUGAAACCGGUCAUUUUCCUCAAUCUGAUGACUAUUAUGGUGCUGUCAGUUAUGAUGGGAUUGGCCACCUCUAUGGACGACAUGAAGUGCAUCCUGAUGCUAAGAACCAUGACACAAAAAACCUGAGUUCCUCCUUGUUACCUAGGAGCCUUGAGACACCUGAAUUGGAAGGAAUCAAAAAGGUUGAGGAAGAAGGAGCCAGCUGCAAAAAUGUUGAUGGGUGUGAAGUUUCUCCUGUAUAUAAUGUGGAUAGUAAGGUGUCUGAACCUGUGGAUUUUGAGAACAAUGGGCUACUUUGGCUCCCUCCAGAGCCUGAAGAUGAAGAGCACGAGAGAGAAGCUGUUUUGUGUGAUGAGGAGGAGGAUGAUGAUGCUACAGGAGAUUGGGGUAGCCUACGCUCUUCAAGAAGCUUUGGUAACAGUCAGUUCCAUAAUAAGGAUAGGUCAAGUGAAGAACACAGGAAAGCCAUGAAGAAUGUGGUUGAUGGGCAUUUUAGAGCUUUGGUAGCUCAGCUUCUGCAAGUUGAGAAUCUACCUUUGGGUGAGGAUGAUAACAAAGUGAGUUGGUUGGAUAUAAUUACAUAUUUGUGCUGGGAAGCUGCCACACUUCUUAAGCCAGAUACAAGUAAGGGUGGAGGAAUGGAUCCUGGUGGAUAUGUAAAGGUCAAAUGUAUAGCUUGUGGGUGUCGCACUGAUAGUACGGUGGUUAAGGGAGUUGUGUGUAGGAAAAAUGUUGCUCAUCGGCGAAUGGCAUCAAAAAUAGAUAAACCACGAUUCCUAAUCCUUGGAGGGGCUUUGGAAUAUCAACGGGUUUCUAACCACUUGUCAAGUUUUGAUACUUUGUUGCAGCAGGAAAUGGACCAUUUGAAGAUGGCUGUUGCAAAAAUUGAUGCUCAUCAUCCUAAUGUUCUUUUGGUAGAGAAAUCAGUAUCCCGAUUCGCACAAGAAUACCUGCUUGCGAAAAAUAUAUCACUUGUUCUGAAUAUCAAGAGGCCACUUCUAGAGCGUAUAGCUCGCUGUACAGGUGCUCAAAUAGCCCCUUCAAUCGAUCGUCUUACAUCACAGAAAAUAGGACAUUGUGACUCAUUCCAUGUGGACAAGUUUUUUGAAGAGCAUGGCAGUGCGGAACAAAGUGGGAAGAAAUUGACGAAGACAUUGAUGUUUUUUGAGGGUUGCCCGAAGCCAUUGGGUUGUACUAUUUUGCUCAAGGGUGCCAGUGGGGAUGAGUUGAAGAGAGUGAAGCAUGUUGUCCAAUAUGGAGUCUUUGCCGCUUAUCACUUGGCUCUAGAGACAUCUUUUCUUGCUGAUGAAGGUGCUUCUCUGCCAGAACUUCCUUUAAAGUGUCCAAUAACCGUUGCAUUACCUAAUAAAUCCCUGAGUAUUGGCCGGUCCAUAUCUACCAUACCUGGUUUUAUUGCUCCUGAGACUCAAAAGCCUCAGCCUCAGGGUGCUCAUCCCUUUGAUGAAUCACAGAGAUCUAAAAAUAACUUGUCAGAUUUUGCCUCAUCUGCUAUCAUUUCCCCCAAAUGGAAAUCAGAAGUGGCACAGUCAACAUGGUUGACUGAGGAUCCUAUCACUCAAACUUUGCACUCAGAACCUCCCAGAACUGCUGUGGAAUCUACAGGUUCUCUCGACUCUGUGUCUGCUCCGGGGCAUAUCUUUUCAGAUGCUUACCCAAAUAUUUUCUCCCCUUGUCAUGUCUUUGAGGAGAACAAUAAUGUGGGUCUCAAGGAAACAUUAACGGUCAACAUUGGCCAAGUGCUGGGAGAUGAUAAUUUAACUUCUAAUCAUUUUCGCACUUCAGAGUUGGCAUCCUCAGCACAAGAAAGCAAUAGUAACCAUGGGGAGGUGGGGUCUCUGAGAGAAGAGUUUUCUCCCUCACCCUCUGAUCAUCAAAGCAUUUUGGUGUCCUUGACAACACGCUGUGUGUGGAAGGGAACUGUAUGUGAAUGUGCCCACCUCUUGCGCAUUAAAUACUAUGGAACCUUUGAUAAGCCUUUGGGGCGGUUUUUACGUGAUCAUUUGUUUGAUCAGAGCUACCGGUGCCCGUCAUGUGAGAUGCCAUCAGAAGCACAUGUUCAUUGCUAUACUCAUCGGCAAGGUAGUCUUACAAUUUCUGUUAAGAAGUGCAAGGAGUUCUUUCUCCCAGGGGAACAGGAAGGAAAAAUCUGGAUGUGGCAUCGGUGCCUGCGAUGUCCUCGGACCAAUGGGUUCCCUCCCACCACUAGAAGAGUAGUAAUGUCUGAUGCUGCAUGGGGUUUAUCUUUUGGGAAAUUUUUGGAGCUUAGCUUUUCAAACCAUGCAGCUGCAAGCAGGGUUGCAAAUUGUGGUCAUUCCCUUCACAGAGAUUGUCUCCGAUUCUAUGGUUUUGGAAGAACGGUUGCUUGCUUUCACUAUGCUUCAAUUGAUGUUCAUUCUGUGUAUCUCCCACCCCCAAAACUUGAAUUUAAUUAUGAUAAUCAGGACUGGAUAAGAAAAGAAGCUGAUGAGAUCAGAAGCAGGGCAGAUCUCUUAUUUGCUGAGGUGUACAAUGCUGUCCGUCAAAUUUCGGAGGGAACAUCACUUGACAGUGGCAUGAAAGCACCUGAAUCAAGAAAGAGAGUUGCAGAACUGGCAGGGAUGCUACAGAAGGAGAAAGAAGAAUUUGAGGAAUCGGUGCAGCAAGCACUGAAUAGGGAAGUUAAAGUUGGCCAGCCUGCAAUCGAUAUUCUUGAGAUUAAUAAACUGAGGAGGCAGUUACUCUUCCAUUCUUAUAUCUGGGAUCAACAUCUGAUAUACAGUGUCAGUUUAAAUAGCAAGAGUGUUCAGGAAGGCAUGAACAGUUCGAUAGCAAAGCCGAAGGAGAAAUCUGUCUGUUCUAGUGACAGGCCUGUUGAGAUGAAUGCAACUUCAAAGCCUGGUAAACGGUUCAGUAGCUUCAGUAGCUGUGACUCCUUUCUUCUGGAUGGAAAGCCUGAUAUAAACUUGAACCAAUGGGGAAGUCUUUGCAUGACUAACCAACCCAAUGAAAUUCGUAAAGGAGAAGACAUGGAUCAUGACCUGGAUUGUAGGGAGGCUGAGGUUUAUCUUUCUUCUGGCAGAAAUAUGACUGAUCAAACAAACAAUAUGGAGUCUGUAAAAAAUGUACGAAGGGUUCUUUCAGAAGGGCAGUUCCCAAUUAUGGAAAACUUAUCUGCUACCCUGGAUGCGGCAUGGACUGGUGAAAAUCACCCAGGAGGUAUAACACCUAAAGAGAAUGGCCGUGAAUAUGCUAACAAAGUUAUGGAAGGUUCUUCAGAUGUGGUUGAUUCAGUUGCUGCAAACUCAGAUUUGAAGAACCGUACUGAUGACCAAGAUGGGGCUAAGGUGGCUCAUUCUCUUGGCUUUUCAGUCCCUCUCAAAGAGCAAAAGAACUCCAUGAGCUGGGUGGGGAUGCCCUUCUUAAAUUUCUAUCACUCGUUGAACAAGAAUUCUUCAUUGAAUGCUCAAAUUGUUGGCAAAGUUAGCGAAUAUAAUCCUGUCUAUGUCAAAUCAUUCUGGGAGAUGGUGCGUCAAGGUGGUGCCAGGCUACUUCUUCCUGUGGGUGUUAAUGAUACUGUUUUGCCAGUUUAUGAUGAUGAACCUACCAGUAUCAUAUCAUAUGCACUUCUCUCACCAGAUUAUCAUACCCAGAUAUCCAAUGAGCCCGAGAGACCAAAAGAUGGUGUGGAAUCUUCAGUCUCAUCAUUGCUUUUGGAUUCAACUAAUCUUCUCUCACUUAACUCUUUUGACAAUAAAACUUCUGAAUCCUUUAGAAGUCUUGGCUCUACUGAUGAGAGCAGUUUAUCCAUGUCUGGAUCUCGGGGCUCCUCAGUAUUGGAUCCACUCUUGUUCACAAAGGCUUCGCGUACCAUAGUAUCUUUCACAGAUGAUGGCCCUCUUGGAAAUGUGAAGUAUACUGUGACUUGUUACUAUGCAAAGCGAUUUGAGGCGUUGAGAAGGAUUUGUUGCCCCUCUGAGUUGGAUUUCAUACGCUCCCUCAGUCGUUGUAGAAAGUGGGGUGCACAGGGUGGCAAGAGUAAUGUCUUCUUUGCAAAAACCCUAGAUGACCGAUUUAUCAUUAAACAGGUUACAAAGACAGAGCUGGAGUCGUUCAUCAAGUUUGCACCAGCUUAUUUUAAGUAUUUGUCUGAAUCAAUUAGUUCAAGAAGCCCAACUUGCCUGGCAAAGAUCUUGGGCAUUUACCAGGUUACAUCAAAGCAUCUUAAAGGAGGAAAGGAGUCAAGAAUAGACGUUUUGGUAAUGGAGAAUCUUCUCUUUGGACGUAAUGUCACAAGACUGUAUGACCUUAAGGGAUCUUCACGGUCACGGUAUAAUCCAGAUGCAAGUGGAAGCAAUAAAGUUCUCCUUGACCAGAACCUGAUUGAAGCCAUGCCAACUUCUCCAAUUUUUGUGGGGAACCAGGCAAAGCGGUUGCUGGAGAGAGCUGUUUGGAAUGAUACUGCAUUUCUUGCUUCAAUUGACGUAAUGGAUUACUCUUUACUAGUUGGCGUUGAUGAAGAAAAGCACGAGUUGGUUCUUGGGAUUAUUGAUUUCAUGAGGCAAUAUACAUGGGACAAACACCUUGAAACUUGGGUGAAGGCAUCCGGCAUCCUUGGUGGACCUAAAAACACGCCUCCAACUGUGAUAUCUCCCAUGCAGUACAAGAAACGCUUUAGAAAAGCUAUGGCUGCUUAUUUCAUUAUGGUGCCAGAUCAGCGGUCUCCGCCUCCAACAAUCAUUGCCAGUGGAUCCCAGUCAGACCUUUGCGGCGAAGAAAACUCACAAGGAGGCGCAUCUUUAGAUUAAAGCAGCGUUGCUGUAUAUUGUUAAUUUGUAAGUUGGAAUAUCAGUUACCUCUCAUUUUCUUGUAUACCACCAUGCCUUGCCCUUCCAGUUCUCCCUCUUAGAAAUUUUUGGAUGGCUGCGUCAUCAUUUUUCCUAAAAGAGGGAUUGCUAAUUGCUCACAUAAGAAGCAAUAAAUGGCUGUUUAAGGCCAAGAUUUUUUU